AUGGAAAGAAAUUCUACCUUGGAAAACAACACUCGUGUUCAUCCUGUGACAAACGUAUCGAGCGAAGGUAAGAAGAAUUCUGUUUAGGGUAUAUGACGAACGAGUUCCCGAGCUGAGCUCACUAUCAGACUUAAUAAGCCCGCCUUAGCUUCUUGAGGGAAGGGAGGGUAAGAUGCCUAUCGCAAAAAACCUUGGCUCGUUGUCUCUAUUUGUGUUCCACGGAACCUCGUCACACUUAGAAUUUCUGAGAAAGAAUCUCCCACAUUUUCAGCCGUCAAGGCAUCUUUCGGAUUUUUUUUUUAAGAGGAUAUCGAUUUGAGUCAUAGUGUCAAAGCAUGCGAUAUCAUCGCCUCCCUCUAAGAUGAACUCCUCCCGAUUACAUAACCGGUGUAGACGGUCUGGCUGGACAUAAACAAGUGGGCACGGGGGACUGAGGCCAACACACGCGAGUGGGAGUCAUUCACGUGAAGAUAGCGAUCUCUCGCAACGCGAAGAAAUGCAAUGAAGACUACCCAUAAGUGUUAUCUGUUUCUUUGCAAGAUUACAGCUGCCUGGCGGCCACUCUCGCUCUUAACAAAAAUGUACGAGUUGUUUGAUGUAUAUACAAUGAACAACACUUAAGCAGCAGGCCUGUACGGGAUUUGAAGCCAUAACCUCUGCGAUACCGGUGCAGUGCUCUACCAACUGAGCUAACAAGCCAACUGGGAGCUGGCCAUAAUGUUGGUUCAUACUGCGUUACUGCGAAGAUCGCUUUCAUAUUCAUUUCUUGACCAGCAGUUCCGUGAUACAUGAUUUUCAUGUACUCAGUUACUUAGUUAUCACUUCACGGGUAUAUUACUGAAUUGUGUCAAGCGCUAUAUUCAGUACUGCUUAAUUAAUGUUUAUUAAUGCGUAGAUCUCCCUUAUAUAUUUCUUAAUCGAAGUUCACAUAUAUGAUUUUCAUAUAUUCACAGUCGAAAAGAGAUAAAAUGAAAAGAAUUUUCAUUGCAGAUGAUGAGCACAAGGAUAUGUAUCAAGGAUCUUUCAAUCUUGUGGCAGAUGUUCCUCCAAUUGUCCUGGCAUUUUUUAUCGUAACUAUUAACACCAUGGUGCUACUUUUGAUGGCUAAGAAAAAACAUCUCCGAUCGAUCACUAAUCUUCUGCUAUGUAGCCUGGCUGUGUCUGACUUGCUCACAGGCCUGGUUGCUGUGCCAAUGUUUCUCAUAUGCAACCAUCACAUCCAAUUAGCCACGUGCAUCACAGAAGAAAUGACGGCACGCUUCAUAAGUGCUUUGAUUGUGUGUCAUUUGAUGGCCGUGACAACUGACAGGUAAACAAGCAACGUUACAUUAUUAUCAUAUUCAAUAUUUUCUUAAAUUACAUUAAAUUAACGACUGAACCGGAGGAAGAUAAAAUUAUCUGUUUCCUCUAUGAAGAGGCCGUUCAAUGGCCUGUUAUAUGACAAGACAUGAAAGGUCAUUAUGCGAAAAUAAAUCGGAAAUUUAUUGCACAUAGUAGCGCAAAAUACUGCAACGCUAAACAUGUCUCGCCACAUUUACUUGAUCACGCUCUGUUCACGUACAAAAGCAUUCCUCAGCCAAUUCGCAGAUGACAGCGCACUUUUUUCCUCUGACGUCGUAGAUUUUGCAAUUUUGCCCACUCAGGGACUUUUGGCGAUAAAACGGUUUCAUUAUGGAAUGUCAUAUGACCCUAAAGUAACCAAUGAGAGCGUGCCUUUUUGGGAAAAAAUCCAAACAUAUUGCAAAUACUAGUUAUACAACACUUUCGAGUGGUGCACCAAGAAAUAUACCACUUAUGUCACUUUGUUAUUCUCAAAAUACACAUGAAUCCUUUACGAUAAACUGAUUCCUAAUCAAAUUAUUAUGAUGAUCAACUAGCUUUAUCAAUUAAUUUCAGAUACUUAGCCAUCGUUCAUCCUAUGCGUUAUUCCACACUGGUCACCAAGCCCAGGUGUGUUAUGGUUAUUCUCCUUAUAUGGCUAUUGUCAGCGGUAACUUCAUUAUUGCAGUUCACCUGGCUCGACCCAAUCCAUCAUGACCCUCACGAGGGAGAAUCAGAUCAGUUCAGGAAGAAAGAACUGAUUUAUGACAUUGCGUUUCUUGCUUUGUACUUCCUCUUUCCAGUGGUUUCCAUGCUUUUCUCUUAUGUCAGAAUCAUCUUUGAGAUCAUCCGCCAAAGCCGAAAUAUUCAACGGCACAGUACGCCGGGCGUAAGUGACAGAAGAAACAGAAACCACCACGAAAGGAAAGCCAUUGUAAUCUUUGCCGCCAUGAUACUUCUUUACGUAGUUUGCUGGUUACCUUACUUUGGAAUUCGAAGGUUCGACAUGUCUGAGGCACCAUUAAUUUUAUUGUAUUGUAUCCUCUGGCUGAGAUACCUGGCGUCGUUUUUAAACCCUUGUUUGUACAUAUUUGGCAAACAGGAUUUCCGUAAGAUUGCAUUUGACAAUUUUCGACGUCUGAGCGACAUCAAACUAGAGUUGAAUUUUACUUCAACUUCCAAGUCCAACAUUUUGAAGGCAACCUUGGCAACAUCCGGUGUUAAAAGCGAAAAAAUCAAUAUGAAGUCCUUCCCUAAAGUUAACACCAAGAAUUAA